AAUAUCCUCUGAGUUGUCGGCAAUCAUUCUACGGGAGGUGCCGACUAUUAUCCGACAGGAGUUGGCCAAUCUGGCCCACCCCCAUCUGGGACAGCCUCCUCACCAGUCCGAGCCAGCCUUCAACUCAACGAGACAGCGUUCCGCCACCCACCCCUCGACGAGACAAUGUUCCCCCUCCCAUGAAAGCCAGCAUUCCCCCACCCCCUCCCGUAAGAGACAGUGUUCCUUCACUCCCAUUUCCAAGACAGCCGUCCCCAAUCCCCCCAUCGAGACAGUCGUUGUUGAUUCCCCUCCACCUCCCAUGAGGGCCAGCAUUCUCCCACCCCCUCCC